CAUUCUACUAAACUCUCUUUACGCUACAGUCCAAUCCCAAUCCGCCUGAAGACCCCCAUCUCCUUAAACCCUAUUAUCUCCAAUACUAUCCGAUAUCCACUGCUGGGAUGGAGUACUCGGAGUUCCGUCCACUGGACGAUAAGGCACUGGUCGAUUACAUAAAGGUCACGCCUUCUCUCUUAUCUAUUGUUGGGAACAAUUUUGCUGACUUGACGGUCAAAGAAGUUGGGGAUGGCAAUCUCAAUUUCGUCUACAUUGUUGUUGGCUCAUCUGGGUCCUUUGUCAUCAAGCAGGCGCUUCCAUACUUACGUUGUAUUGAGACAUGGCCAAUGACAAAGGAAAGGGCUUAUUUUGAGACCUUGGCACUGAAAGAGCAUGGUCGUUUGUGUCCUGAACACGUUCCACAAGUUUAUCAUUUUGACCGAACAAUGUCUUUGAUUGGUAUGCGAUACUUGGAGCCUCCGCAUAUAAUCCUCAGGAAGGGGUUAAUUGCUGGAAUUGAAUAUCCAUUACUGGCAGAGCACAUAUCUGAUUAUAUGUCAAAGACUCUUUUUUAUACAUCCCUGCUUUAUCACACCACCUUGGAGCACAAAGGCUUGGUUGCUGAAUUUUGCGGGAAUGUUGAACUAUGCAGGCUUACUGAGCAGGUUGUUCUCUCUGAUCCUUACAAAGUAUCUCAGUUUAACCGUUGGACUUCCCCUUAUCUUGAUAGUGAUGCCAAGGCUAUUCGAGAGGAUAAUACUUUGAAGCUUGAAGUUGCUGGGCUAAAAUCUAUGUUUUGUGAAAGAGCUCAAGCAUUAAUACAUGGAGAUCUGCACACUGGCUCCAUCAUGGUUACCUUGGAGUCAACUCAGGUUAUUGAUCCAGAAUUUGCAUUUUAUGGGCCUAUGGGUUUUGAUGUUGGAGCUUUUAUUGGGAACUUGAUUUUGGCUUUCUUUGCCCAAAAUGGACAUGCAAAUGAACAGAAUGACCGACAAAUAUACAAGAAAUGGAUUUUGAGGACAAUUGAAGAGACCUGGAAUCUUUUUCACACUAAAUUCAUUGGUCUCUGGGAUAAGCAUAAGGAUGGCCCUGGAGAGGCAUAUCUUCCUGAAAUUUAUAAUAAGCUCGAGCUUCAACAGCUAGUACAAAGAAAGUACAUGAGCGAUCUGUUCCAUGACACCCUUGGAUUUGGCGCUGCAAAAAUGAUACGGAGAAUUGUUGGCGUGGCCCACGUUGAAGAUUUUGAGUCAAUCACUGAUCCUAGCAAACGGGCAGAUUGUGAGCGAAGGGCUCUUGAAGUAGCAAAGAAGCUUCUCAAGGAAAGGCGGAAAUUUCAAACCAUCUCAGAAGUUGUAUUAGUCAUUCUGGAACACCAAGCAUGAUGAGGUUUUCGUAAGUUAAUGGUGGUCUGCUUGAGUUUUUUUUAUUUCGAAAUGUGGUUAUGGAAUGAUGCAACCGAAAAGAAUAAUGCACGGCUAAAUCAUGGGCUUCCAAUUCACGUGGAUAUAAAAAUUUAUGACUAUUAGAGUUCUGUUGAGACACUUGGUUGUUAUCUCAGAAAUGAUAUUAUUCUUAUAUUAGCUCUUCUUUAAGUUAAUAUAAGCUAGUAUAUGACCAAGGGAUUUCUGUAUUUAUACAACUUGUAAUAGCCGUUAUGGCGAAGUCUCCUUGAUGUAAUUGUUGACCGUUGUGGCAUUGCUUUUUAUGGUAUCGGAGCGGGGUUUGAGUGAUUAACCCCCUAGAUUUUGAUUUGA